UGUAAACAAAAAAAGAGCCAGGAUUGGAGAAGAUUGUGUCUGUUAGUCACCGAGAUGGACGUUGGAGUGUCCAAAUCCCAUGUGUUUCUCAACUACAGCCCCAGAGCCCUCCUCUCUCAGUGGAGCAUCCCACUGGCUGCACGUGGGGUUAUGGACGCAGUGAAGGAGAGUCACAAGAGCCCCCUGAGCUCGGGCAAGAUGGUGGCCCUGGCUGCAGGGCUCUCUGUCGGGGCCACAGUGGGCUACAUCGUCUAUCGCCAUAUAAGCAGCACCAACAUCAGUCCUGGGCCCAAGCCUGAGGAGUCCAAGAUGACCGUUCCUGUAGAAGUGUACAGAAACAUAUCCAGACACCAAGCCAACUUUCUGGACGAGGUGAGCCAGAGGUCUGGAGCUCAGUUGCGGGUGUUGUCGGACCCCGGGGAGCAGGGUCACAGCUCCGUGAGCUUCCUGAUGCAGGGCACCCAGGAGCAGGUCCUGCUGGCUCGCUGUGUGCUGGAGAACCUGCUCACUGACUGUGAGCAGCUGAGCGAGGCUCUGGACGUUCCUCAGACAGCCUUCGGACGUAUAAUAGGCCGUGGUGGAGAGAGUUUAAAGCUGAUCAACAGGACCACAGGGGCCAAAGUGUCUUGUUCUAAAGAGAAGACGCUCGGCCCUGGGGCCAAAGGCAAGGUGACGAUUACAGGGAGCAGGCAGGAGGUGGAGCAGGCCAAGGAACUGAUUCUAGAAAAAGUCAGAGAGGACAUGAUGGUGAGGACGAAGAUCUCCCAGUCGUCUGCCCUGCGGCCGAAGCGCGGUCAUACUGCUGUGAGUCAGAGACCAGACAGCACAGAGCCUGAAGCUCCAGUGGGACUAAACAACAACAGCCCCUGCUCCCAGCCUGAGAGGAAUGGGCUCCUCCAUGCUAACGGCACCAAAGGAGAGCAAGACACGGUUCAGGAGCUGGACAUCACAGACAACAAGGGGGAGGGGGAGGGGGAGGAGGAGGACAGUGUCUCCACAGAAUCCCUCUCUGAAGUCUCCAAGUUUGAGAUUCCCAGCCCAGACCUGAGCUUCCAGCCUGAUGAACACCUCGAGGUUUAUGUUUCUGCAUCAGAGAACCCCAACCACUUCUGGAUCCAGAUCCUCGGGGUGCGUUCCCUUCAGCUGGACAAACUGACGGAGGAGAUGACAUGCUUCUAUAACAGCGGCAACCCCACAGAUCAGAGGGUGGAGACCUUUGUGGUCGGGGACAUUGUGGCUGCUCCCUACCACGACCACGGUACAUGGAACAGGGCUAGGGUGCUGGGAAUGCUGGGCUCUGGAAUGGUGGACCUCUACUAUGUUGACUUUGGAGACAACGGAGAGCUGCCCAGAGACAGCCUCUGCAGAGUGAGGAGUGACUUCCUCAGCUUACCAUUCCAAGCUAUUGAAUGCAACUUAGCAGGAGUGAGACCAAAAGGAGAGGAGUGGUCGGAGGCAGCGCUGGAUGACUUUGAGCAGCUGACCUACUGCGCCUCCUGGAGCCCCCUGCAGGCCAAACUCUGCAGCUACUCGCACUCUGACGUCUCCUCCUGGCCAAGCGUCAAGCUCUACGACAACUCUGAUGGCAAG